AUGUGGCCUCAUGCUGUCCGGCACGCCACUGUCGCUAGGAACAGGGUGCUCACCAAGGUUGGGGAUGACUCGUGGGUGCCGUUGGAGAGGUGGCUUGGGAGGAAGCCGCCGGUGGAUAUGCUGAGGGUGUUUGGCUGCAUGGCAGUCGCCCACGUCCCCAAGACCUACCGCAGUAAGUUGGGGGCGAGUGCAAUCUGGUGUGUGCAUUUGGGGCUGGCUGCUGAGAGCAAGGGAUGGCUGCUGUGGGAACCAUCCAAGGGUGUGUUGUUUGACAGCAGGGAUGUGAAAUUCAUUGAGGGCAUGAUGUAUGGGAGCUGGGAGAAACAGCCGGAGGCAAGGGUGUCCCAGCAGAUGGAGCAGAUCACCAUGCAGCUGGACCUGACUCCUAGUGUGUGGGAGGAGGGAGAGGAGGCAGCUGCUGGAAAUGGUGAUGGAGAGAAGGUACAGGAGGCAUCUGCUGGUGGAGAAAAUGGUGUGGAAACUGGCGGCAGCACUAGUGGAGCUGCUGGACCCGAGGGAGGAGAGAAGCAGCAGGGAAAAACUAAGAAGCCGAAGGGUGUCGUUAUGAAGGGAUGGGAGACACCCGUCUCCAGGCCAGGACGUACCCGUAUGGCUACUAAGAAGCUGACUGCAGGAACUGAUGCAGCAGAGCAGCAGCUAGGGACCGAAGAGGCAUUGCUGAUUCUACCUCAUGGCUAUGACCCGGAUGAGGAGGAUGAGCCUGCGUACUGUUUUCUUGCCCCUGCACCAGAGGAACCAGCUAGCAUGGAGGAGGCAUUAGCUGGACCAGAUAGGGACAAGUGGCUGGCUUCUAGGGAUGCUGAGUACCAGAGUCUGCUGGAGAAUAGGACAUGGGAUCUGGUGGUGCUGCCUGAUGGGAAGAAAGCGAUACAAUGCAAGUGGGUGCUGAGGAUCAAGACCGAUGACAAGGGGCAGGUCACCAUCUACAAGAGUAGGCUGGUGGCGAAGGGGUUUAUGCAGAAGGAGAAGCAGGACUUCAACGAGAUCUUUGCUCCCACUGCCAAACCCCCUACCCUCCGUGUCUUGUUGGCAGAUGCAGCUGUUAGUGGAAAAUUCAUCAUUCAGAUGGAUAUUUCAACGGCAUUCCUGAAUGGGAUUUUAGAGGAGGAUGUGUACAUGACGCAGCCGCCUGGGUAUGAGGAUGGUACGGGCAGGGUGUGCAAGCUCAACAAGUCCAUCUACGGCUUGAAGCAGGCGCCACGCUGCUGGUACCAGAAGUUGGCAGCUGUUUUAGAGGAGAUGGGAUUCAGGACCAGCAGCUGUGAUGAGAGCCUCUUUCUCAAGGGUGAGGGGGAGAAGCUGGUGCUGUUUCUGGUCUAUGUGGACGACAUUCUUCUCUUCAGCAGCAGCAUGAAGGAGAUCCAGAAAGUGCAGCAGCAACUGAUGGAAAACUUCAAGUGCAAGAACCUUGGGGAGGUAAAGUACUACCUCGGGAUGCACGUGGAGAGGGAUCCAGAUCACAGGUGGUUGAAGCUGCACCAGGAGAAGUUCAUCAAGGAGCUGGGGGAGAAGUAUGGGAUUGAGAAUGAGCGCAAGGUUGCAACUCCCCUGCCAGCAAAAUUCAAGCUUCUGAAGGCUGCAGAGGAUGAAGGGGUUGAAGCUGAAGAGCAGCAGCAAUUUCAGUCCUUGGUGGGCAGCCUCUUGUACGCAGCAGUUCACACGAGGCCCGACAUCUCUUUCUCGGUUGGGCAGCUGGCUAGGGUGGUGCAGAAUCCAUCAGAGGAGCAGGUGGAUGCAGCUGAGCGUGUGGUGAAGUACCUGAACUCUCACCCAAGCAUUGGAGUUCAAUACUCCGCAUCUGCACAGGUGAAGCAGAAAGGGGUGGAGGUGCUGAAAGAGAAGGGGGAGAGGCUUGGAGAAGGCAAGCUAUUUCUCACUUGCUUUACCGAUGCUACGUGGGCUUCUGAGAAGGAGGAUUCCUCAUCUGUGGGAGGAUACAUCUGCGUAGUUGGGGGAGGACCUGUUAGUUGGAGGUCCAAGAAGCAGACGGAGACGGCACUCUCUUCCGUAGAAUCAGAGUACAUGGCGAUGUUCCAUGGGGUGAAGGAGGUGAUUUGGCUGAGGAGGCUGUUAGAGGAGAUUGGCCAGGAGCAGAAAGUUGCUAUGCCGCUGUUUUGUGAUAGCAAGGGGGCUCUUGGGAUGGCCAGAAACGCUGUGCUUCAUGGGCUGAACAAGCACAUGCGUAUCAAGUGGCACUGGCUGCGUAAGGAGGUGAAGAGGGGGACGGUGAAUCCGAUCUACAUCAAGACUCACCAGCAGCCAGCAGACUUUCUCACCAAGAGGCUUGCGGAUGAGCCUCAUUGGCGUUGUGUGCGCAUGAGUGGAAUGAGCAUGAACUAG